GUCCGUCUGUCUAGUUGACAGGCUAUUGUCAAUCUGUGUUGAUGAAUUUAUGUUGUGAUUUUUCCGCAACAAUACAAAAGCCGCCAAGUGCAGGCCAAUGCCGGGAGUGCGUAUGCGUCUGUAUGUCAGCAGCACAAACGAUGUCCGUGUCCCCCCACAAUUCGCAGUGCAGACAACAGAACGCGCGCUGUCCAUUAUAGACCAAUCGCAACACAUCAGCUGAUGGACUCGGUCAUGCAUGUGGAUAUAUGGAUGUUUUAUGGUCUGAUGGUCAUUUGGAUCGCACACAUGUUAAUCAAUUGGUAUGCCGGCGUGCUUUUCACUCUUUAUAUGUGGCGCGAUCCCAUAAAACAAAAUUAUAAUUUCAUACCAAUUGAGGCCCUCAUAACUAUUUUGAUUUUCACCAUGGCAGCAGUCUCUCAAAUAGCUGCAGUAAUUAAUGGGAAUCGCGAGCAUGAGUCAAAACCAACCAGGCCAAAUGAAACCACAGCUGCCUAAGAAGCGGCUAUUUUUUUAUAUUCUAUAUAUUCGAGCCCGUACACAUAUAGUAUGUACAUACAUAUAA